AUGGUGGGCAAGGUUAGCGAGCGAGUUCUCCUUCGGGAAGGUCUCGAGAGGACGGACAAUGGAAUGAAGCAGACGAGCUGGCCUGAUGUCACGCCCAUCAACCAGAAGAACUACUACACUGAUUAUAUGAAGCGCGAUGACCAGAUCCUGGCCCUCAGACUCCAAUCCGAUGCGACCCGCGACCGGAUGAUACAAAACGCAAAGGAAAGAGAUCGUGCCCUCGCCGCCAAGGCCGCCAACAGCGAAGUCCCCCUCCCCAUGGCCGACCUUCAAGGCGAAGACGCCGCAGCGCCGACCGCAGAUACGACGACGGAUCCAUCCAAAGUCAUCGUGAUCCACCCGGGCAGCCAGAACCUGCGCAUCGGGUUCGCGAGCGACGCGCUUCCCAAGACGAUCCCGAUGACGCUUGCGACAAAGUUCCCCCAGACCGAGUCGGAAAUGUACGAGGCGUUGCCCAGGCGGCAGUUCGAGGCCAAGACGCCCGACCAGCAGUACGGCGAAGAGUGGGCCAAGAAGUUCCAGAAGCAGAGUAACGAUCUGAAGGUGGAGAUGCGCGCGAACAAGCGCAAGGUGCUGCCCAACUCGAAGGAAAUGGUGCUGAACUACAACCGCCGCACCGAGCCGGAGGAGAUACCUCAGCACAACGACCCGCUGCAGAUCGAGUGGACGGACAUCGGCGCGCUGGAGGACCCCGAGUCACCGGCGUCGUGUUUCAUCGGACACCAGGCCGAGAGGAUCCCCGAUGAUUCGGACCCGAAGUUCAAGCUUUGGUGGCCGAUCCAGCACGGGUGGCUGAACGAGGACGACUACGGUACGGCGGAGCAUCUCUACGAUGAUUUCGAGACGUUGUUGGACAAGGCGAUUCGGCAGGAGCUUGGCCUGACCAAGAACAGCACGUGGAAGCAGUAUAGCUGCGUCUUUGUCAUUCCCGACUUGUACGACAAGAAGUACGUCGAGAGCGUCCUCCGGUCCUGCAUGACCUGGUUCGAGUUCAGCAGGGUCUGCUUCAUCCAGGAAAGUAUGGCUGCCACGUUUGGCGCGGGCUACACGCAGGCUUGCGUGGUCGACGUCGGGGCGCAAAAGACGUCGAUCACCUGCGUGGAGGACGGGCUCGUGCUCGAGGACUCUCGGGUGAACCUCAAGUACGGCGGCUACGACAUCACGGAGACGUUCGUCAAGAUGAUGCUCUACGACAAUUUCCCUUACGACGAGAUCAACCUGCGGCGGAGGUACGACUUUUUGCUGGCCGAGGAGCUCAAGAUUAAGCACUGCACCAUGUCUCAGGCGGACGUGUCCGUGCAGCUCUACCAGUUCCACGUGAGAGCGCCUAACCAGCCUACGCGGAAGUAUCAGUUCAAGACGUACGACGAGGUUAUACUCGCGCCCAUGGGCGUUUACGAUCCUACGAUUUUCGAUAAUAGCACGAAGCUAAGGGGCCGGAGGAAGCUGAUCGAUCGGUCAUAUAACGCAUACGAUGUCGACAUCCCCGACGACCCUACUUCUCAGGCUCAGCUCGCCAUCCUAGCGCUCGUCAAGCCGUCUCUCAUCUCUAACGGCAUCUCUCAGCUAUCGAACGACGUCUCGACGCCCGUCAAGGAGAAGCCGCACCCCUUCAACUUUUUGUCGCGAGUCGACGCCGCCUUAACUGGCACGCCGAUCACAUCCAGCGCGCCGUCGCCCGCACCUGACGGCACGAGCACCCCCGUGCCCCCGCCCUUCGUCUUCGGCAAGGACGGCACCGCAGACAGCCCCGCGCCCAGCACGCAGGCGCGAGGCGGCGGCACACCCAACCCGAGCGGAGGUCAGACACAGUCGGCGCAUGGUGCAUCCUCCUCGUUCGUCGAGCACGCGACGCGCAGCGCCAGCGACGUAGCCGACGAGCGCGACUCCGUGCUCCCCGUAGCGCCGCUCGACGUCGCCGUCCUCACUUCCAUCCAGAACGCGGCCCGCGGCGACGAGAAGAAGCUGCGAGACCUGUUGGGCAGCAUCAUGGUGAUCGGCGGCGGGGCCAAGAUCCCGCAGUUCACCAACGUGCUGGAGGAGAAGCUCAAAGCGAGGCGGCCGGACCUGUAUGAUCGGAUCUUGGUGAGCAGGAGCGCGAGGGAUAUGGAUGAGCAGGUUGUCGUGUGGAAGGGGGCGAGCGUUUUUGCGAAGCUGUCGACGAAUGAUUCGUGGAUUGUGCCGUUGGAGUAUGAGAGGUUGGGGGCUAGGGCGAUUCAUCAUAAGGUGUUGUGGUCUUGGUAG